ACCAGGAAGCAGGCGCUGGGAGGUGGGGGGAGGACGAGAGAGGACUCUGGCUCCUGCGGAAGGGAAGAGGGAACAGAACAGUGGAGGAUGUGGGACCCCAAUGCAGGGCGGCCAGGGAUGUACCCUUCUGGGGGUCCUAUGCCCCCUUCAACUUCUGGGUGCCCUGGGGUUACCAACCCCAUCAACCCACCAUCAGUCAAUCCUGCAUACCCUCCAGGUACCUUUCCUUCCCCACCUGGGUGUUUCCCAGGGAAUCCAGCUUAUCCUCCUGGUAAUGCUUUUGGCCCUGGGCAGCAGCCAGGAUACCCAGGCUGCCCACCCCCAGGUCCCUGCCCACCUCCGGGUCACUACCCACCUCCUGGCCCUUGUGUGCCUUCUGUGAAUCCCUUGGCCCCAGGGGUCAUGGGGCCAGGUAUUGUGAUGGAUAAGAAGAUGAGGAAGAAGAUGAAGAAGGCUCAUAAGAAAGCGCAUAAACAUCACAAACAUGGCAAGCAUUCUUCCUCCUCCUCCUCUUCCAGCAGUGACUCUGACUGAAUCCUGGGCCCUCCUCCCCCCAAGUCACACCACCCCAGCUCUCCCAUCAAGCCUUGGACACCAUAUUGUGCUGGGGGAAGAUAGCCUUGCAGCCCCAACCUCAUUCACCCCUUUGCCCAAAUUGGUUGGUGAAGGUGAGGAAAGGAUCCCUAUUGGCCUGAGGAAGUCCAUUUUUUUACCUACUAGAUUGAAUCAUUGGGGGCACUCCUUUCUGAAGAUGUAUGUCCUUUGAGCCAAAUGCUGAAGAACAUUUUAGGAUCUGGAAAAAUGUGAUUUUAAAAAAUUUAUUUUGUAAUUUGUGUGGGAGAAGGGGAAGAAGGGGGGUGUGGCAUUACCAUGGUAAUCUUAUGAUAAUGGGAUGUGGGAACUACAUUUCCCAGCAGACUCUGCUUUCUACUCAGCCCAUUGCCUUCUGGGAAAGAGAGUUCUUUUGAAUAGGAUAAUGUGGGUGCCAUUUUGGAACCUUAUUUCUUGGUGAGCUCUUUUCAUCCCAAUCAUUCUUGGGUCUUCCUCUGUUUCUCUCACUGUGCUUCCCAAUAAAGCUGUUUAUCCCAGUCUCCA